UAGCCUCCCUCUCAUUGGUUGGGGGGCUUGGAAAAAAGAGACUCGGCGAGCCCUCCGCUGUGGUGCCGCCGCCGCCGCCGCCGCUGGAGUUGACUCUUCUGCUCGCACGGCUGCUGCGGCACAGACGUGACUUCCAUCAUUUUACAUUUAUCUUUCUUUUUCUUUUUCCAAGAUGUAACUACAGAUCAGACACUAAGGACCUUCCCGUUUCGCUGAUGUAGUUUUUGGAAGAAAAAGGGGGGGAGUGAAGGGCGUCGGUUUUUUUUUUCUUUUUUUUUUUGUGUCUCUGUGUUGUGUGUUUCGGGGGAAAUUUUCCAUUAUGAGUGUUUUACUAAAGUGAAUUUUUCUUGUUUGCUUCGUUCGUCUUUGGCUUUUUAUUUUUUUUUCUUUUAUCCUUCUCAAUUUCGGAUUUAUUUCAAGGCGAAUCUGGCUUUGGGGGAAGAGGAAGAAAAGUCGGAUUACAAGAUCAACUACCACCAACAAUAAAAACCACCAGGAUAUUUUUUUGCAAAUUUCUGACGGCUUUAAAUUCAUGAAGCAAUUGUCCCCUUUUGCAAUCACCAUUUGGAUCUCAGAAUGAGCAAGGAAAGACCCAAGAGGAAUAUCAUCCAGAAGAAAUACGAUGACAGCGAUGGGAUCCCAUGGUCAGAAGAAAGAGUGGUACGGAAAGUCCUGUAUUUGUCUCUGAAGGAAUUCAAGAAUGCACAGAAAAGGCAGCAUGGGGAAGGCAUUUCUGGGAGCCUGAAAUCAGUGAAUGGGCUCCUUGGUCAUGACCAGUCUAAGGCAUUAGGACCAGCAUCAGAGCAGUCAGAGAAUGAGAAGGAUGAUGCAUCCCAAGUGUCCUCUACUAGCAACGAUGUUAGUUCUUCAGAUUUUGAAGAAGGGCCGUCGAGGAAAAGGCCCAGGCUGCAAGCACAAAGGAAGUUUGCUCAAUCUCAGCCGAAUAGUCCCAGCACAACUCCAGUGAAGAUAGUGGAGCCUUUGCUACCCCCGCCAGCUACUCAAAUUUCUGACCUCUCUAAAAGGAAGCCUAAGACAGAAGACUUUCUUACCUUUCUCUGCCUUCGAGGUUCUCCUGCGCUGCCCAGCAGUAUGGUAUAUUUUGGGAGCUCUCAGGAUGAGGAGGAUGUCGAAGAGGAAGAUGAUGAGACAGAAGAUGUCAAAACAGCCACCAACAAUGCUUCGUCUUCGUGCCAGUCCACCCCCAGGAAAGGGAAAACCCAUAAGCACGUACACAAUGGACAUGUCUUCAAUGGCUCCAACAGGUCAACACGGGAGAAAGAAACUGCUCAAAAACACAAAAGCAAAGAGGCCACUCCCGCGAAGGAGAAGCACAUCGACCACAGGGCAGAUAGCCGAAGGGAGCCUGCUUCAGUGGCCCAGUCCACAUCCACCCCCUCUGCAGGCUCCUUGGCCAAGGGGCUUCCUGCCAACCACCACCCCCUCCCUCCGCAUCGGUCGGCUCAGGACUUACGGAAACAGGUGUCUAAGGUAAAUGGAGUCACUCGAAUGUCAUCUCUGGGUGCAGGUACAACCAGUGCCAAAAAGAUCCGAGAAGUCAGACCUUCACCAUCCAAAACUGUGAAGUACACUGCCACAGUGACCAAGGGGACUGUCACAUACACCAAAGCCAAGAGAGAACUGGUCAAGGAAACCAAACCCACCCACCACAAGCCCAGUUCAGCUGUCAACCACACAAUCUCAGGGAAAACUGAAAGUAGCAAUGCAAAAACCCGCAAACAGGUGCUAUCCCUCGGGGGGGCGUCCACGUCCACCGGGCCUGCUGCCAGUGGCCUCAAGGCCAGCAGCAGGUUGAACCCAAAGUCAUGCACUAAGGAGGUGGGGGGGCGGCAGCUGAGGGAGGGGCUGCGGAAUUCCAAGAGGAGACUGGAAGAGGCACCGCAGGUGGACAAGCCGCAGUCACCCCCCAAGAAGAUGAAAGGGGCAGCAGGCAUCGCCGAAGCCCCUGGCAAAAAGGCUUCAGCGGCUUCAGCAGAGAAAACUCUGCUGAAUGGACACGUGAAGAAAGAAGUGCCCGAGCGAAGUUUGGAAAGGAAUAGGCCGAAGCGGGCCACGGCUGGUAAGAACAUGCCGGGCAAACAAGCACAUGGCAAGGCAGAGGGCACCCCCUGUGAAAAUCGUUCUACCUCGCAACCCGAGUCCUCGCACAAGCCGCAUGAGCCGCAGGGCAAGCCAGAGAAGGGGGUCGGCAAGUCUGGGUGGACAGCGAUGGACGAGAUCCCUGUCCUCAGGCCCUCUGCCAAGGAGUUCCAUGACCCUCUCAUCUACAUUGAGUCAGUACGUGCUCAGGUGGAGAAGUACGGGAUGUGUCGUGUGAUCCCCCCUCCGGACUGGCGGCCAGAGUGUAAGCUCAACGAUGAGAUGCGCUUUGUCACGCAGAUCCAGCACAUCCAUAAGCUGGGCCGCCGCUGGGGCCCCAAUGUACAGCGGCUGGCCUGCAUAAAAAAGCACCUCAGAUCUCAGGGCAUCACCAUGGAUGAACUCCCCCUCAUAGGAGGCUGUGAGCUUGACCUGGCCUGCUUUUUCCGGCUGAUUAAUGAGAUGGGCGGCAUGCAGCAAGUGACUGACCUCAAAAAAUGGAACAAACUAGCAGACAUGCUGCGCAUUCCUAAAACUGCCCAGGAUCGGCUGGCCAAGCUGCAGGAGGCCUACUGCCAGUAUCUGCUCUCCUAUGACUCCUUGUCCCCCGAGGAGCACCGGCGGCUGGAGAAGGAGGUGCUGAUGGAGAAGGAGACCCUAGAGAAGCGCAGAGGGCCAUUAGAGGGGCACACAGAGAAUGACCAUCACAAGUUCCACUCCCUGCCUCGCUUUGAGCCCAAAAAUGGGCUCAUCCAUGGAGUUACACCCAGGAAUGGCUUCCGUAGCAAGCUCAAGGAGGUGGGCCAGGCCCCACUCAAGACAGGCCGGCGGCGAUUGUUCGCUCAGGAAAAGGAAGUGGUCAAAGAGGAGGAAGAGGACAAAGGUGUCCUCAAUGACUUCCACAAGUGCAUCUAUAAGGGAAGAUCUGUUUCUCUAACAACUUUUUAUCGAACAGCAAGAAACAUCAUGAACAUGUGUUUCAGCAAGGAGCCUGCACCAGCUGAGAUUGAGCAAGAGUACUGGAGGUUAGUGGAAGAGAAGGACUGUCAUGUGGCAGUCCACUGCGGAAAGGUGGACACUAAUACUCAUGGCAGCGGGUUCCCGGUGGGAAAAUCAGAGCCCUUUUCAAGGCAUGGAUGGAACCUCACCGUCCUCCCCAAUAACACAGGGUCCAUCCUUCGUCACCUUGGUGCUGUGCCUGGAGUGACUAUUCCCUGGCUAAAUAUUGGCAUGGUCUUUUCUACCUCAUGCUGGUCUCGAGACCAAAAUCACCUUCCAUAUAUUGACUACUUACACACUGGUGCUGACUGCAUUUGGUAUUGCAUUCCUGCUGAGGAGGAGAACAAGCUGGAGGACGUGGUCCACACCCUGCUGCAGGCCAAUGGUACCCCAGGGCUGCAGAUGCUGGAGAGCAAUGUCAUGAUCUCCCCAGAGGUGCUGUGUAAAGAGGGGAUCAAGGUCCACAGGACUGUACAGCAGAGUGGGCAGUUUGUUGUCUGCUUCCCGGGGUCCUUUGUAUCCAAAGUAUGUUGUGGCUACAGCGUCUCAGAAACAGUGCACUUUGCUACCACCCAGUGGACAAGUAUGGGCUUCGAGACUGCCAAGGAGAUGAAGCGCCGCCAUAUAGCUAAGCCAUUCUCCAUGGAGAAGUUGCUCUACCAGAUUGCACAAGCAGAAGCAAAAAAGGAAAAUGGUCCCACCCUCAGUACCAUCUCAGCCCUUCUGGACGAGCUCAGGGAUACGGAGCUGCGGCAGCGCAGGCAGCUGUUUGAAGCUGGCCUCCACUCUUCCGCCCGCUAUGGCAGCCAUGAUGGCAACAGCACGGUGGCGGAUGGGAAGAAAAAGCCUCGAAAAUGGCUGCAGCUGGAAACGUCAGAGAGGAGGUGCCAGAUCUGUCAGCAUUUGUGCUACCUGUCCAUGGUGGUACAGGAGAACGAGAAUGUUGUCUUCUGUCUGGAGUGUGCACUGCGCCAUGUGGAGAAACAGAAGUCUUGCCGUGGGCUGAAGCUGAUGUACCGCUAUGAUGAGGAGCAGAUCAUCAGUUUGGUCAACCAGAUAUGUGGCAAAGUGUCUGGCAAACACGGCGGCAUUGAGAACUGUCUCAACAAACCCACACCAAAAAGAGGCCCCCGCAAGAGAGCGACCGUGGACGUGCCGCCAUCUCGGCUGCCAUCCUCAUGAAGAUGCCGAACCCAUGGUCACUUAUAUAUUUUUUGUAAUUACUAUAUUCUAGUUUGGAGUACUUGCUGUAGGAUACAAGCUGUCUUUGCACUAGCUCUAACGAAGAAUUUCUUCUGGUUUUAGAGAACUGAUUUUGUUUUAGCAUUAAACUGUUGACGUUUUUGUACGUAGAUAUCUAGAUAUUGCAGUCAGGUUUGGAAGCUGCCGUACACUCACUGUUCAAAACCUUUGAGGGGCUGUGUUAAUUUGUAUUGCCCCCACGGCUGACAAAAGCCUUUUUGGUUUUUUUUGGUUUUUUUU